AUGUCUGAAAGUGUGUUGGUGUUUGAGCACAGCCCUGCCUCUGCACACAGACUCUUCUCUGUUUACUUCCAUGAAACAUCUCCUUUCAAUCAGACCCACAGCUCCGGCCCACUCUCUGUACAUUGUGUCCUCCAUUAUGUCCUGGGUCUUUUCCAGCACCUCUAUCUAUCCCGCCUGUGUGUGGCACCGCAGGGCUGCUGGGUUUGGCUGGGAUGGGCUGGGGCCUGCACAGCCCGCAUCCCGACCCUCGCAGGCGGCCAUAUCAGUCUCCUCCCCCAGCGGGCGGGAGCACGGAGGCUGCCGGAGCCCCGCGACGAGCACCGGAGCAGACCUCCCCGGACUGCGGCCGCUGCUGCUCGGCUGUCAUUGAGGAGCGACCGCGCCUGUGAAGGGGGAGGCUGGACGACCACUAUCAACAUUUUAAAGAGGUAUUUAUUCAUUUUCGAUGAAUAUAUCUUGAAAUUCACGUUAGAGAAAGAGAGGAAAUCAGCUGAAACAUUCGCUUCCUCAUUGCUGCCAAAGUGUGGAGCCAGUGAUGGUCACUCGCCUGUUUUUAAAUGUCAGACCAAUGUAAACAAAAGAAGGAAGAAUUGAGCGAUAUUUACCUUUUUAUAGCUACAGUGUUAAAGCUAGUGUUACUAAAAACGGGUUGUGAAGGUAUCUGGAGUUAAAGCUCGUAUUUUGAGGGGUUUUCAGACACAAACGCGUCCCACGUGGAUGAAGCUGCUGUAAAGACUGCAGCUCGACAUGGAAAUAGUAAAUAUUUCAAUAUGAUAAAGGUGAGCUCAGGACGGUGGUACCAAUGAUCAAAGUCUACUGUCUGAUCAUGACAGUCUGGAUCUCAUCUCUCCAUGGGCUGUCCCACAGCAGCUGCCCAGCAUCACUUGUGUUUGUCAAUGAAAAUGGGUUUAUUUACAGAUCCCACUCCUGCUUUAAAACAACUUUAACCCUCCUAGAUCAGAGGUUCUUAACUGGUCUCACUGUGGGACACACAUUUCCCCAUGGUCCUUAUCAAAUUCAAACCAAGCAAAUAAAAAAAAAAACCUUUAAAGACUCAAAUCUUUACCAUAAAUACACAAUUUUUAUUGAGUAAAGUGCAUUUCAGAGCACAUGAACAGAGGACAACUACUGAAGUUACUUAUACAGAAAAUAUUGAAUAUCAAAUUGCACAAAAUAAGCUAUUUUUCAUAAUGAAUUGAGAUGCGCAUUGAAUAUUUACUUUUUUGAUCCAUAACCACGAUGGACCCACUUCUGGAUCGGAACCCACCAGUUGAGAACCACCGCAAUAGAUCACUAUCGCUAAAAUUAGUAACACCAUCACUAUCGCAGGAUGAUUUUUACACGAAAUAAUAUACCCAAGAAAAAGUACUUGUCAACAAAAUAUAUCAAAAUAGGACAAAACAUGACAAAUUAAAGUAGUUUUCUUUUAUUUUUAACUGUGUAAUGUCCAAAGGGAGGGGAAAAGUGCCAUGAGGGGACCAUAUAAAAAUGAAACUGAAAAAAUAAACUUAGUUUCUUUUCCACCCAUUUACUGGGGCAUGUGAGUCUUCCCCAUAGACUGAAUAUAGUUUAUACAGUGUAUGGUCUUCCCUGGUUAAGACUCAGGGUCCUUUGAACAACAACAACAACAGCUGCAGGAGAGAGAGCCAAAAUAUGGCAGAUUUUGAGUGAGUAAAAAUGACCAGCUGACUAAAAAAUUUCUUAUCACCAUAUGAAUUCUCUUAAAAAUCACAGCUUUGUGAUAGUUAUUCAUAACCACUUUGCUAAAUAAAGAUAGCAUGCAAAUUCCAGGACCACUCUUACUGACCUUAUCCUCUACAUGCAGCUAUCAAAUCCACCCAAACCUACUUUACCCUCUAUUGGAUCAGGUCUUGGAUCAGGGAAACAAACAUGCCUUCAAAGAUGUCAAAGGCAAUGCUGAAGCUACCCAGGGGCCCGUGAUAUUCAGACAAACGCAACAUAAUAAAAAUCACGUAAACAUGUUUGUUUAGCGUUCUAGGGUUACAAACAUUCAUUGAUUUUUUUUCGAGUAGAGACAUGACUGCUGCAGGAAAGAGUGCAGAAGAAAAACAGGAUGUCAGGGCUGGAUGGUGGCUGAGAUGGCAGAGAUAUGCGAGGCUCACUGAUCUGUCACAAACUCUGGAUAGUAUCAGGGAUAAAACAGCACACCGCCCCAGACGAGCCGUCCUGUCUCUGUGGACUUUGCUUCAUUGUUGUUUUCAUGGUUUCGUGCCGCUCCCGAGCACAAGGUGGAGACCUCAACACCUGACAUUUUUCUUAAAGUUUUUCCGGACUCUACAGUCUGUGUCAUCCACGCAGGGAGACCUUUAAACAUGGAGGAAACAGGAAAUUAGGAAACAGGCUGGGGUUUGUUUUCCUAGCUUAGCACCAAGACUGGAAAUGGAGGUAUUCUCUGUCCACAAUAGAGGUUGGAAAAAACUUCAAUAUUGCAGUGGGAUCAAUAUCUUAGUUGAACAAUGUCCGAUAUGAUGCUCAAACAGAUUUUCCUCCCAGUCUGAUUUAUUGCAUCACAGCUUAAUGAAUCAUCAUGGGAGCCGUGUUGACAUCAAUCCUGAGCUUCACCUUUUACGGGCAUCCCCUGUCCCUCAGUUGAUCAGAUGUUGAGAUGUAUCAUGAUAUGACUGUCUGGCGGUUUAUUAAUCGUCACAGAAAAGCUGUAUCAUGCUUAUGCUGGUUUCAGGGGUAAUAAAACAGAUGACAAAUGGUCACCUGAGCGGACCCAGACUAGUUACGAAACCCUGAAUCUCUCAUAGAGGUUUUGGUUGUAUAAUGAACUUAGUAGUCCAGUUCAUAACCAGCCUCAGUUAUGAACCAAAAACCGGAAACAUUAGGUGUCAACUGGCUUGGACUAAAAUAGUCUUAAAGCCUCUAAAAAGCUCAGUAAUUAACUGAGUUAAAGUAGUUAAACCAGUCCAGCCUCCAGGAAGUAACUGGUUCUAGCCGGACACUAGUCCACCCCUACCUGGCACUUACACUCAGUUUUUUUAAAGUCUGACAAAUCUGCAUCUGUACGGUAAACAUGAAGCUGUAGAUGGGAGUUUAAUCGUCAAGUUAAACUCAAAGACUGCUUCUCUAUCUGAAAGUGAAAAUGGUAAAACCUCAGUGAUUACUGAUCCACGGGUCUUUGUUGUUCAACACUCCAGGAAGUAACUUGGUACAAACCAAGAACUAGUCCAGAUCAUGUAAAGGCCGCACUGCAAAAACAGCCCUACUAGAAAAAAGCGAAAUAUUCUCAUAUUCAAUCAAAUAAUCAGACUCAAAUGAAACUUAAAACUAGACAGAAAAUCUGUCCCCCAUCCCCUGCCGAUCGGUGCCUCCCCAUGCUGUGAGGUAGUUAUGGAUGAAGAUUGUCAUGAGGUCGCUGCGCCAUCUACAGGAUAAGUCGGGGAACUUUUCAAAUAGCGGAACAUUUUCAAAGUGAAACCGAAUCUUAUUCUCUGCAUUUUAUUUCUGAAAAUAUCGGCGAAAAUUGGCGAGUUUUGGCCGAUUACCGAUUAGUCUCAAACUGGCUAAAAUUGCCGAUUUAAUCGGCUCACCUAUAAAUCGGUCGGGCCCUACAGAUAAUGUAUGAGGCAGCAGAUUCUGUCAGGUUUAGAUGACCCGCAAUGAAAAUCUUAAUCAAAAAAAGUCAACUGUUCUUGUUUCAUGACAUUCUUAAAUUGAGAAGUUGUACAUAUGUCUUCCUCUUAAAAUAAGACGAAUGAUCUUGUUGCUCCACUGGAUUCUAUUGUAAAACAUUUUUCUACUGUAUUUCUGGUUCAUUCUAUCUCAAAAUUAGCCGGAAUGUCUUAUCAAGAAUAAGUUAGCCAUUUUCUCUUAAGAUUAGAUAAUUUUUCCAAACAUGCUUGAUAAGACAAAAAUAAGACUUAUUUCCUUAAUACAGGGCUGUUUUCCUUUCUUGAAAUUACUUUUUUGCAGUGCGAAGUGUUUGUGUAUUUCCAAACAUGUUCAAUGAACGGUUCUCAAAGUUCCUGACACACGUUUUUAAAAACAAAACACAAAAAGAUGAGACUACAGGCUGGAGGUUGUUAUCCUAUCAUAGAGUAAAGACUGGAAACAGAGGCAAACAGCGGGACUUCUCUGUCGACAGGUUUUUGUUGUUUCAUGCAUUUUACAGCCAACCAGACUCAGUGAAAAUAACUAUUCCAGUUCAUUGCCACCCUAAAGUAUCAGGAUGUUGGUGCACACCCUGGUUAUGAUGAACAGAGUAGAAUUUGACUGUUUAUCACACCAUGAAUUUCCACAUAAACGGUCAGAAAGUAAAAACCCUUGGAGAUCUAAGUGUGUGUCCAAGUCUGCAUGAGGUUUUGAGUUCAGAGGUCAGAGUUUGCAUGUGAGUCUGGUGCUUUGCCACAUGAGUUGUGAAAAGCGUCCUGAAGCGUUUGUGUUCUCAGCAGCGUAAUCUCAUGAAGUGUUUCUUUCUCUCAGCAGUCGGUACAUCUGGAAAUAUUAACCAGAGCCUCUCCUGGUGAAAUCCCAUUGGACGUUUAGCACAGAGGGCUUUUUAUUCAAGGAUUUUCACACGUGCAUGUUGGUCUCACACUGGCAAGAUUAACUUUCCUCCCGCGCAGGCUUACAGUAUUUGUCAGUAAACCCAUCAGACCUCUCCUUUGUGAACUCCCCCUCAGAUUGACCUGCUGACUUUAAGUCACCUGAAGUGGUUUCUGACUCUUACUGCUCACAAAGACCAUCAGCCCCGAGGCUCCUGCAGGAAACGAGCUGCUGCAGGACCCUCAGACUGAAAAGGGUCUUCUGGUGCUUCAAGACUGACACUCUUUAAGUUUCUCUAAACAUGUUAGUCACAUACUAAAGUCCACUACCGUGUGCCAGUCCAGGAGCAGGGCCAAGAUUAGGUCUCUCUUGAGCUCAGGAUGCAUUUUGUUUGGAUUACUGUAAUUUGGAGCACCGGAAAUGAGCUGAUUGUGUCAACCUGUGUAAAUCCUGCACCGGGGUAACCAAGUUUGUGUUCUGGUUUUAGAGAGCAGGAUUACGUUGUCCUGUUUACUAUUGAUCAACACUAUCAGUAAAGUCCUGAGGUUUGCUGACCAUCUGCUGAUUUCUCAGAGUCAACAUGGAGACACGUUUGAAUGUCGCAUGUCGUGUUCAGGCUGUUAAGACUCAUUUUAAAACUCCUUCAAAGCUUCUCUCACAUAGAUCUGGAUGUCGAUAUUCACUCUCUGUUUAAUAUGAGCGCUCUCUGCAGUCACCUUUAUGAAUGGGGAACAGUUUAUAAUGAAGGACCUGUUAAAUGAAGAGUUUCUAUAUUUUAUAAAAUGGUCUUUCAUUUUCAUGAGAUAGUUUUGCAUUUUCGUUAAACGGUUUGAUUUUUUGUAAAAAUUAUUCUGUGUUUGGGGAAAGUUGUUGAUAUUUCUUAAUUACUUUUUUUUUAAAGACUAAAUAAUUUUCUCUCUAUAAAGUAAUCGUUUUGCCUUCUCAAUUAAAAAAAAAUCGAAUAUUUUUUGAUUCCUUGGAAUGAUUUAUAAUUUACAAUAAGUAUUUUUGUGUUUAUAAAAUUGAUUGUGUUUAUGUAAAAAGUUUUUUUAUUUUUCAUGUUUUUUUUUUUGCAUUUUGUUUAAAAAGACUAAAAAAUUUUAACUCUAAAGAAAUGGUUUUGCCUUCUCCAUUAAAAUUUUUAUAUUUUUUAAUUCCUUAUAAGGAUUUAUAAUUUACAUGAAUUAUUUUUGUGUUUUGUAAAAUUGAUUGUGUUUAUGGUAAAAGUUUUUGAUUUUUUUCUGUUUUUUUUUUUUUUAAUUCAUUUUCUUAAAUUUUUUUGGGGUUCCUUUUGUUUGUAAAAUGAAAAUGCUUUUCAUUUUGGGAUUGUCUUUUAUUUCAGCUUUUUUUUUUUAACGGUUUGAUAUUUUCCUGAAAUUAUUCAUGUUUAACAAAAUAUGUUUUUGUAUUUGUAAAGUUAAUGUUUCUGUCGUUAAAUGUUUUCGUUUGAUGACGUAUUUUUGUUGAUAUUGAAAUGUUUUGCCGUUUAGUGAAUGUUUGUGCAGUUAUCAUUUAGGGCCACUGUAGAGGUAUACACACAACCUAAUGUCUGAACGCAGAUGUAAAUGAAGAGUGCUAUAAAUAACUCAGACGAACGCUAAGAGGCUAAACUCGAAUGCCUCUUCCUUCAGCACCGUAUAACCAUGAAAUAAACAUUAAAAGUCGAGGUAGAGCUGCAGCUGAGAGGAGAUGCAAACAGAAAUAUGAAGGGAUUGUAAAGAGAUUACAGUUUAUCUCCUGGGGAACAUGAAUGUCUGCACAAACAUACCCUCCACCUGAUUUGAAUGCCUCUCUGCCCUGUAGGUCGCUGCAGCCUCAGUGA